AUGGCGCUCACCAAGCUGGAGCGGCAACGAAGCAUCCGGGCGGAGGACGGGCGCGAACUGAAGCCGGCUCUGUCCAGUUACAGUAGUAUGGACUCGUUACAUGUAGGUUUGUGUUAUAUUCAUGUAGGUUUGAGCUACUUUAUAUUGUUGUUAGAAGCGUGGUUUUAGGUUUGUAUUUAAUCUUUUUAUGUUUUUACUAGCUGGUAAUUGUGUUUUGGAGGUAAUUUUUUGAUGUUGAGGGUAAAUUUUUAUACUUUAUGAUAAACUUGAAUACCAAGCCAUCGGGCCGGGCCUGGCUUGAAAAAAAAUUCAGACGAAUCUUUGCACUAUUAUCAUGCUCCAUCUCUUCUCGCUAUUACCUUUUCUUUAACAAUACUACCUAAACACAUAAAUUCCAGGUUAAAAUACAAAGUUUAAAACAAACUAGGUAACAAAGUAUAGUUGAAAUUACGUAAAAUAGAAAUACAGUACAACUAUGUCAUAAGGUUUUUUUAUGUUAUUUACCUAAUGUUUUUAUAUUUUACUUUAUAAUGUUUUUACUUUUAAACCUUAGUUUUGUCAUACUCUUUCUUUAUACUUUGACCGCACUUAAGGAAUAAUAUGUAAAAGCUUGACAACGAUCAAACGUACCUUGUCAAGUGCAUUUCGCCCUUAUUCAGUGUCAAUAUUCGCUUAGAUGAUUUAUGUUCCUAUGAAGGAAAUUAGAUGAGGUUUAGGUUUUAUGUGAAUAUCACGGCAGCUUGAAGUUGCAAUUUUUAUAUAUAAGAUUUAUCAAGAUAUAUUAGUGUAAAAUACGCAAGAACUUCAAUUGACAACAGUUUAGGUUGAACAAGCUCAAAGUCGUUUUACAUUUCAAAAAAAUUUAUAAGUAAUCUUUGGAACUUUGUAAAUUAGGAUCUUAAAAUGUCUUAGUUUUUAAGGCUUUUAAUUUUUUAAAGGAGAUUGUCAUUAGCACAACUAUCAUAAUAAAACAACUUAUUUCAGGACCCCUACUGCUCAGACGUGCCAUCUGAAGACCUAGACAAACUCAGUACCUGCCUCAGUGAGGUAAGUCCAUUAAUGCAUGUAAAGUAGGUUUUAAAAUAUUGAAAUUUGGCAUAAAAUGACUAAAACACUUACUUUGACAAAAAAAAUCAAAAAAUCAUUUUAGAACAGGACUUAAAAUUUUAGUAUUAGGUGGUUCAACUAAUUCCGGGCCCCUUCUUAAAGCAAAUUUGCGGAGUUAAUGGACACAAAAUUACUUGAGCAUCCUAAUAUAAGAGUAGAGGAAUAAGCUGAAAUUUUAGUAAUAAAGUAAAACAUACUAUAAUAUAAAAAAUAAAAAAAAAAUAAGCCAUAAAACGAAAAACUUGAAAAUUAUUAUUUUUGCAUUUUUCUUUAUUUUUAAUUGCCUUAUCUUGUAAAUCUUAUCAUUACACUGAAAAGCACCCGCUGAACUUUGAACCCAAAUGUUUUCUCUAUUUCUUUACCACGCCCUACAUAUUUGGUCUUAUCUUUUUUUAGGAAAAAUUGAAGAAAGAGCAUUUAAUUAGAGAUGACGCAAUUUAUGAAGGAAAAUUUUUAUUUUCAAUUAUUAAACUGGUUUAACAAAAAAAAACAACGGAAAGCCAAAGAAAAAUAAAUUUAAAAAAUUUUUUUAAAUUUAAAACUAAUAGGUUAAUUUUUAUUACAACAUCCUAGUUUGCUUUUGUCAUGUUAAACUCAAUUUCGAACGUGUUUGAUUUCUCUUUCAAUUAAUUUCAAAACCAAAUCGACUACCUCUUCCCUAUCUGAAAAACUGCAAGCUUUGCAGUUUUUCAUAUCUUUUUGAAAUUUUGUAAACGUGGCUUGUAAAUUUUAGUCCAUCCCUAGUAAUAAUAGUGGUCAAAGCUAUUUCGGUCUGAAAUUUGAGAAAAAAUUCAGUUUUUAAAUUUUUUGCAUGAAAUUUGAAUUUGGCAGUAUGGUGAAACCUCUUUAGUAUGAGCUUCGAUAGUAUGACACCUUCUUUAUAAUGACUGCUUUCUGACCGCUCUUUGUAGAAAUCCUAUCAAAAAUUAUCUUAAUAGUGUGACACUGUGGUUAUAAUGGCAUUUUGGCCUAGUUUUUUGAGUGUUAUGCUAAAGAAGUGUGACUGCAUUUUAUAUACUUAUUAGUUUAGUUUCCCAAUUUAAAACUAUACUGCUUGUAGCUACAGUGGAACUCCUGUAUAACGGAUCGAUCGGGGACUGGAAAUUUGUUCGCUAUAAAGAAGUUUUGUUAUACAGGGGAAAUGCACUGUUUAGUGAUGGACGGGGAUUUAAAAGUUGUUCGAUAUACGGGAGUUUAGUUAUAGAGGAGUUCGUUAUACCGGAGUUCCACAGUAUAUAAGUUAGUCUUUUAAAAAUACACGCAAUAAGUACAUAAGUACAUGAACCACAUAUUUAAUAAUUUUUUAUAGAAAAGUUUUCAUGCUGAUAUUACAAAAAGUAAACACCUUAUCUUAAGCGGCUUAAACUGUUUUUACUUUACUAAAAAAUAUGCAAACCACGUUUGUUUUUAAAAGUCUUCUUCAAGGUACAUGCUAUAGCUUUACUUCGGUAAAGUCUUGAAACAUCACCUGAAAGGAGACCACUUCACAAUUUAUUUUUAAGUUUUGAAUGAUGUACAUAGUAUAAUAAAAAACAAUAAUAUAAUUGUUCAAAACCUAACAUCAAAAGUUUUUCAACGCAAAUUUAGCUAGUUUUUAACGCUUUGAAGCAUUGUAAAUAUUACACAUGUCAAUCUGCAAAACUCGAUAACACGUUUUUGAUUGAAAUAGUUUAUUAGUUUUGGGAGAUUACUGCAAAUGUCCAUUUUGUAAUUACAUAUCUAGUCAAUGAAAUUCACUUUACAAUUUUAAAUUGUUUUUGGAGUCGAUUCAACACUUCUGUUUCUGGGUUUAUUUGCUUUGUCUGUCGUUAUUUUACUUCAUUGAUCACUAGAGGUUAUGUUGUCGUUUUAUAGUAAGCGAAUAAGGGAAGGAGGGGUUGAUCUAUUAUUGAUGUAGAGAAGGGGGGGGGGAGGGUAAGGAGGUGAAAAAUUUUUCUUUUCUAAAAUCAAGAGGGGGACCACGUUCAACUUUUAUUUUUUUAGAAAAUCUAUUUACCCCCCCCUCUCCAUCAAUUCCUCCUUUCUACCCCUCUCCCCCCCCUCCUUAAAGUUUGAAGGUUAGUUACUCCUUCCUCCUCCCUCUAGCUAAUAAUCUACAAUACUAUAAGCUGUUGGUAUUAGACCUGAAAGGGACGCAAUUGGCCCUGUCCGACGCCGUGCUGGACCGCGCCGAAGCACUUUUAAAAGAGGCCGGGCCGGCACACGUUGGCCGAGGAAAAAAUUGGGCUCGGCGCCUUUACAUGUCUACUUGGUGUGGAAACGGUGAUAACGCAACAACCGAACCAAAGUACAUUUAGGUUUGUUUCGUUAACUCUGUCAAUCGAUUGUUUUCCCCCACCCCGAGAAGUUGUUUUCGCGUUUAAUUCGCCUUAUCACUCUCUGCUUUCUCAUUACAUUAUCAUAGUUCUCGCGAAUUACAAGCAAAAUGACUCGUCGCAUCUCCAUCCAGUACGAUUUGCUGUCGGCGGACGCGUUCGGCUUUCAGGACUCGUUGAAUAUCGCGAAAAAAGUAAUAUUUUCGAACGUUUGAACUUUGUUUGGAAUUACGUUUUUUUAUUUUUGAAUUGGAAAAAAAGGGGUUCUUUGCGAAAUUUAGGUAUGAAAAAUAGGUUUUUUUGAAAAAAAAUUGGUAAUAAACGCGUUUUUAUUGAAAAAGUCUGGCAAAAGGUAGAGUUAACCAAUUCUUCUUGUGUUUAAAAUAUUUUUUAACGUCUAUAAAUCUGUUUUUUUGGGAUAAGGCUAAUAUCUAGGUACCAGAAUUUCGAAAAAAGUUUUUUUUAAAAUAUUUUAAGCAGCUUUUUGCGAAGUUUUUAGUUUUUAUCGACAAAUUUAUAAAAGGCUGUUUUACGUUUUAGGUCGGUUUCCCGAUUUUUCGAUAAUAUUUAUUUAAAAAUUUAGUUCAUGAAAUAUUUUAGGUAACAAUUUUAUAAAAUUGCUUCUUUUCUCGAUUUUUAGGUAACAAUUAUUAAAUAUAUUGCUUUUGCAAAAUUUAGGUAGCAAUUGUUAAAAAUAUAUUGUGGAAAACUAACACAAUAUAGAUAUCAAAAUAAACUAAAAAUAGACUAAAAUGAAGGUUUUAGCUAGUUUUAUGCUCAUUUCUGUAUGAUUAUAGGCCUCAAGUGACUCAAAUGAACAGAAGUCCACCUCCGUUUUCACAGAUAUUCUUCAAGCACAGUUAGCACUAUGGACCCUAUUUGGAAGCAUCUUCUACACAUACGCAUGGCAACAACAUAGGAAAAAGUUCUUGUUUUCGUUGGUGAGUUAUCUUUGUUAUACUUUUAUUAUUAGGGAGUUUAGAUAAAUAGUACUAGUAAAGGUUAAAAGUUAUUUAAUGCUAGGGCUGAGGAGCCUCCUUGAGCUAAAGUUGAAGCGGUCUAAACAUUUGGGCCAGGGCCGGGCUUCAAAAGUGGGUCCGGGCUCUAAAAAUUAAAAAAUUUUUUAGGGCUGGGCAUAGUUUGAGAAAAAAUUAAAUUUAUUACCUAAAAUUCUAUUUUUCAGUUUGUUGUUGUACCACCAGUUGCUCUUGUUUGCUGUACGAUCAGCUCGAUGUUGACUUGUAUUGUGAUACUCGGUCGAGUGUUUUCAUCGCCCGUCAGGUUCGAAGACAUGCUUAAAUGUCGAUCAAAUGACAUGACAGGUAAGGGAAUGAGGUCAUAUUUACUUUGUCACGAUUGGACAUAAUUUUUUUAUUCAUUUUAGGUUAAGCCUAGGGUUUUUGUCAUUUUAGGUUAAGCCUAGGGUUUUUGUCACUUUAGGUUAAGCCUAGGGUUUUGUCAUUUGAGGUUAAACUUAGGGUUCUUAAUUAUCUAUAGAAGCCUUGAAUUUUUUUGGUUUAAUAGUUUUAAAAAUUAAAAUAGUUUUAAAAAUGUCAUUUUAGAUAAUAUUAUUUUUGAUUUUUAAAACUCUGAUAGCCUAAAGGUUUGAUUGUUAUGUUGAUGCACUUUAAGAGCAUAAGAUGUGACUGAUAAGGGGUUUAAAACACAAAACAAUUGAUUAGACAUUAAAAACAUUAACUAAAGUUUAAUUUUUUCACAAUUUUUGGCUUUUUUUUUCUAAUUUUUCAACCAACUUUUUAAAAAUUUUAAAAUUUCUGAUAAAAGCCUAUCUUCAACCUACAAAAAUAGCGGUUUUUCGAAACAAAUAUAGGUAUUUUAAUGAAGUUAGGGAGUAAUUAUAAAUUGUAAACAAAAUCUUUAAAAACCACGUGUUACCUUUUGUAAUAUUUCCGUUUUUAAAAAUGAUUUCACAAUGUCAAGGACGGUUGAAACAACGCCAAAAAUGUGAAUUUCGUAAUCAAGAGAUCAAGUUUCAAUUGGUGGUUAAGGUUUUGAUCGUCUGUUGGCUGUUGAUCUUGUUUUUGCUCUUGAAAGUGUGAAACAGUGGAAUGUUUUUGAGAAUUUACAGAGUAAAAAUAGAUUUUAGGUAAAAUAUUAUUGAAAUGAACGUGAAAUUAGAUUUUUGAGUAACAAAAUGUUAAAGAAAGAAUUGAAAGGAGAUUGAAAUGAAGGUAAAAAUAGACUUUAGGAAAAAAAUUGAAAAGAAACCAAAAAUAAAAUUUUUAGGUAACAAAUCAUUAAAAAGAAGAUAGAAAAAUCAGCUUUUUUAUCUAUAUUAUCAUAGCAAUUGUAAAAACAACUUUAACUGUUUCUUUACUUAUAUAAACGUUGCCUUUACUUUCCAUUUUUAGAGCACGGAGUCCGUCGACGAUCCACAUCGAUCAACUCAUUGAACUCGUUGGCUUCAGGCCGUUCUUCAUCGUGCGAAGAACUUCCGAAGCCGGUUUGUCGUAAACAUUCCAACACAUAUGGCAGCUACAACUCGUUAAAUCAGAUUUCGUUGAGGUCAACAUCACCAACCUCAUUAUACUCGAACGGCAGUCUGAAUGGCCGUUGUGGACCAUCACCAUCGCACAAGAUGGGCUAUACGUUCGCACAUUGUUCUGGAGGCGCUGAUGAGGUGGCUAAUUAG